AAGACUACAAAGUUAAGUUCAUCUCUGGACGUAAACAUAAAAUCGGAUGAAAGUUCCAUUUGGGAAUCCGGAGAAAUCAUAUAGCAUCCACAAAUAUAUAAUUUUGGAAGCUGAGGAAAGCAUUCCAAUACUUCAUAGGAAGGGGUAGGGGCUUGAGAUGUAAACAAACUAGCAUUCAAGGUGACAAAUAUGGAAUGACAGGAAACAUGCAAUGGCCGACGAAAUUCCUCAGCGCCGCAGCGUGCGAAAUAUGAUGAACCAAUCCAGAACUUCAAGCGUGGAAGAAAACACGAGUGGAAAGGUUGCUGAUGAUAGAAACAAUGUAGGUGAGGAAUCCUUAGUUUCUACUAAAAAUACUGGUAACAAGGGCAGCCGAUCCUCAACUAGGAGGCGCUCACUCGAAGGAAACCAAAUCUGCCCAGUGUGUGGAAUCACAGUAAGACCUUCAGAAGUAGAGCAGCAUUUCCGCUAUGAAGUGGAGCAGAUAGACCACAUUGUCAGGCGUGGAAGAGUCUUGAGGGAUGCACAAACUGCUUACAUUUCAUCCAAAGUACAAGAGAGGGACGAUAGAAAUGGGAAGAAACCGAUGAAGAAACGCAAGCGUAAGAGAACGAGAGAUGAUAGCGACAGCGAAGAGUCGUCUUCAAGCAGUAGUGACAGUGAGAGUAGCGUGGAGAUUGAUAACAACCUAUUAUUGCUUGAAGUAAGAGCUAACAGGCAUGCAAGGGAGAGGAAGAAACAACUACUUGAAAAUCCAGAGUGCAAUCCAGAUACCAUGCUAUGCCCAGUAUGCUUUAUUCCUCUCAUUGGGUCGGAAGUGGACAGAAAUCGCCAUGUGGAGAACUGCCUGACGGGAUGCCCUUCAGCAGCCCCUGCCACCAACUCCGCAGGAGAUGAUGCCCUGGAUGUAGAUGGGGAAGGUCUAGGAGAGGAUGCAAGAGGAGGUGGUAGUGGAUUAGAAGAGGAGGAAGAGACAACUGGUGACGAUCCUUAUGAAGUCUAUGAAUGGAUGGGAGAGACUAGGCUUAGGACUGUCAGUCUUGUACCAGGGGGAUAUCAAGGUCUGGGAUAUCAAAUCAACUCAUCACGAAAGUCCCAAGCUGCGAAUGAUGAAGACGACAUUGAUCUCGAUGUUGAUGGUGAUGAAACGGAGCAGUUUGGUCCGCAGCAAUACACAGAAGAUGAUGUCAUCGCACGGUGUCCGUCCCGAUCUUCUCAAGACACUGGGGAUGUCGGCUAUGAGGAUCAUGUCAGUGACAAUCUCCUUAUUGAAUCAUGCUUAGGUGCGGAGUGCAACGGUGACACUGGGAAAGAAUCAGAGACUAAACACACUGUGACCAAACACGUUGGUCUUCCACCCAAAGGCAUCCAGAUGGUGGUGGAGAGUCUGAAGGCUCGUGUGAAGGAGUUGGAAGAGGAGAGCAGCGAUGGCAGAGGAAGGUUAAAAUGUCAGAUCUGUAUGGGGACAUACAAUUCACCAUUGGUAUCAAUCCAGUGUUGGCAUGUUCAUUGUGAAGACUGCUGGCUGAAGAACUUGGCUUCCAAGAAACUGUGCCCUAAGUGUCAGAUGAUCACAGCGCCCUCACAGCUCCGCAAAGUGUUCUUAUGAUUGUAUUCCAGUGAGAAAAGAAAGAGACCCACCUCCAUUUUAUUUUAAAUGCUUAGUUCUUCACUUUACCCGACUCCGAGAUAGGCCCGUUUCGGGUACACGUGUACACGCACGGUCAAGUCAGUGCACGUGUACUAAAUUCCAUCACCGUGUACACGGUAGCAUCUGAAUAAAGCUUGCAUGGGACUACAAAAUCAGUGAACAAGCUCACAGCCUCACAUUAAAUCAUAGUUCUCAGACACUGCACAUAUUCUAAUUACUAAUAUGUCAAUAUAUUUCAAUUAAUCUAGAGUGAGUUCACUUCCAAAAUCGCCGAUUUAAUCCACAUACAUUCUGGAGACUCAAGUUUUUGUACCACGAAAUGGGUCUGCUCCGCCUCCGGUCUCGAAAGUGUUGCUCAAUCACACUCAUAGCCAAUUUGAGAAUCACCAAUUGCAACAGCGAUCAUUGCUACAACUUACGUGUUAUACGCUCGUACACAUGUGCUACAAGCCUACAAACAAACGCUCCUCAAAUUGGCAACAAAAUAAUGAAAAUCAAUCGAUAACUUCAGUUACACUUAAUUCUGCAGCGAUCUGUGCAUGCACGUACGGUACAGUAUACAAAAUGCGCAUCCAACGAGCGUCGGCGCUAGCAGGGCCCUGCACUGAUUUUCUUUUGCAUUCUUUAUUAAUUUAAUGCGCUGCUAAGCUGAGUAAACUUUUAAUUUGCACCAAUUUUUGUGGAUUGAUACUUCAAACUUCUCUGGUAAGCUUUAAAACCGUGACUUAGGCUAUAUAGACCCCCUUUUUAAUGACAUGUUGAUGCAGGUCCGUGUCGACAUGAAAACAACUCGCUCUCAGAGUGUUUACAACGUGUACACGUGUACACGACCGAAAAACACGCCGUGUACACGUGCAUCAAAAAUGGACUUUCAAAACGGGCCUACUCCGAGAGGAUUAAUAGUUUCGGUCCUCAAAGGGACCGGUGUGCUGUUGCAUAAAAGGUAUUCACGGUAACUUCACCAUUCAACGGUAAAAACUGAUAAUAAUAAUAAUAAUAAUAAUACAGGUAUAUUUACCCAGGGAAGCCGCUUCAGUUCCGAAAACUGUUCUCCCAGCGGGCCCUGCUAUUAUUAUCACCCCGGCUUUAGCUGGGCUGCCUAGGCGCUCAAAGCAUUCAAUUCUUCCACUCAUCACAUGGUCUACCUUCAUUUACUCUAAUAGUCUGAUUCUGUCCAUCAACAUUUCGUCUAACAACCAUUUGGUCCAAUGAUUACUUUGUUUAAUCACCAGUUCGUCUAUCACCAUUUCGUCUCUAAUCACUUGGUCUAAUUCUCAUUUUCUUUUCAUUCAUUUCGCCCAACACUUAGUCUUAUUAGACUGAAUGGUAAAUGGACUAAAUGGCUAUUGGACCAACUGGUUAUUAGACGAAAUGGUGAGUGGACGAAAUGGCAUUUAGACCUUGUGGAUGGUGGACGAACUGAUGGUAAACCGAAUGACAGUAGAUGAGUUGGUAAUUGGGCAAAUAGGCAUUGGAACAAUUGAAAAUAAACCAUAGUAACUACCAUGGUAACAAUAUCCAACAGCAAUCAAAUGAAAGCAUUUCAUGGAAUAUACCAUUGGAUGAAAAAUUUACCACAGUAAUUUUUUGUAACAGGCGCAGGUAAUGACAGUUAAUGCCUUUAUCAAAGGACCCCUCUUCAUCGUCUUCAGGUUGCUUGCCUGAUCAAGCCUUUUUCAGACCGGGUGCGACAAGAUGGAUGAAGGAAGGAAAAAGGAACGGCAUCAGAAGGGGGGAAUACAGUGUUCUGUGUAUUAGAUGUACAUGUAGGAGUAAUUGUUCCUAGAAAGGAACUUCAAAAAUAUGGAGCACCAAUUAUUUUUUCACUGAGCUUUGUCUGGUGUUCCUCAAGUAGAAAUGUCAAGGGUAAUACAACAUUCAAACUGAGAAUACAUACAUUAUACCUCUGGAACAAUGUAUGAUUCUUAUUAAUUAUUAUUUAGAAUUCUUGGGAGUGUUUCAUGUAGCCUCUUGUCAGAGAUUUUCAGAUUAAUAAGUUCCGAGUCAUUCAGAUGCAAUUAUUUCAGUAGCUUAUAACAUUAAUCAGUGAAAAUCGCUAUUUGUGUAAUGAAAUGCUCCCUUGUUGCCUCAGAGAGGAACUUGCAGAUUAUAAAAGUAUUUAACUUUUUUAUUAGGUACACUUCAAGUUAAGAUUUUUUGCUAAUUUUUCUAGAAUGAUAUACAGAUGAUAUGUAUGAUAUCAGUUUCACAUUAUUUAUAUUGCUGUUCUAUUAUUUAAAGUGGAAAAGAAUGUAAUUCUUUAACUUG